AUGGCAUCCAAGAAGCAACGACGUUACACUGCGGAGACCCACACAACCGUUGUUGCUCCUGACACACCAGAUGCCACUAUGGUCAUUGUACGCCCUCUCGGUAAACAGUUCGAUCUUGAUGUUCCAUUAAAAAACAACGACUCACGAAUUAGCUUCUCCACGGCCACAUAUGAGGAGGUCGCUCCUCGCGUCGGACUUAAGCCUGUGGAAAUGUUGAAAGAUGUUGGAUCCUUUGAAAUCCAGCGCUCUCGUAUUCCCAAAAAUCUUUUCAAGUCGAUUGUAAUAGACAUGGAUAUCAUGUUAAUGCAAUAUGGCCUCCCUGUUGAGCAUGACACGGAAGAGGCGACAUCAAGGUUCUACUCUCCGGUAUGGAUAAGUUGA